AUGUCGACUCGCUCCGACUCCUCUGAGCCCUCCAGGGCAUCCAGGUCCCACGAGGCCUCCCAAACCCCCAAUCUCCCCAAGCCCAAAGUCCCCCAAACCUCCAAAGAGUGGCAAGAAUGUUCCAGCAAGCUGGCAGAAGACGAUCCAACCUUACAUACCUUGCAAGGUAUACAUUCCGCCUCGAAGCUGACAGCCUUGGACUUCACUUCCAUGAGGGCCAUAUGGCCAAAACUGCGAAAGCCAGAACGGUUCCCGAUGAUGCAGGACUUUCCCGAGCUGGACGCCUACAUCGAGCGAGUCGGGCAACCACAUUACAAUACAGAACCCGUCUACCGCGAUAUGGGUGCCUUUCUACUGGUGAGACAGUCCCAAUCAAAGAUCAAUUUGGAGCCGGCUUCACAUGGCGAACGUCCCGAAUCGGAUUCAGUCAAUAUGCAACCAUCGCUCUCCAAAACACCCGAAAGGCGUGAAACUUCCAAGCCCGACUAUUUUGGCAUGGACUCAGAAAGUGGUAGAUUUAGCGAUAUAUCAGCAAUUUUCAGAUCCGAGAUAAAAAUCGAGCAAACCAACGAUGAGCAACUCGUGAACGAUGCUCUGAUAUUUUUCACCAAAGCAGUCCUCGUUUACCAAUCCCAGAUAAGAUGUCAAUGGACAUCAGAGCGUUCGCUCCUCUCCCAGGCAGUAUUUGGCAACAACACGAUGAAUGCGCGUACCGACGGCUAUUUGGAAGCAGAUAAAGAAGUAUUCGCUAUCGUUGAGGUCAAACCCAACACUCGGGAUCCAGUUAAUCGCCCCGCGCUCUUAUGGCAAGAAACAGGCGAGAUGGUUGUGUGGAUAAUGCAUGAUCAAAAACAUGAACGAAAGUACAACCUUCGUCGUCGUCUUAUUGUAUCGCAGGACAACCACGAAAUUUUUCUGACCAUUGCAUCCUACGAUAAUCAGUAUCUCACGUACCUGAAAACUGGAGACACAUCGGAGCCCUCGGGCACGGGGGGUAGCGGUAACCAUCCCUUUAAACCACCGUUCCUGAAGUUGCAAACAUAUGGCCCGUGGAGCAUAAUCCACCCAUCUCACAUGCAUUCCCUGGCUACAAUAAUUCUCUGUGUUGCUUUUGAAGUGACAGACGAUCUAAAUUCGGCCUCUCCCGUUGGUCCCUGA